AAACUGUGACAUUCUUUGACGAAAUGUGGUUUGAUCUUCGAACAACACUAUGUUUGAUCGUUCUCAGCUGUUUGUUAACAUUUUCCAGUGCUGUCAAUCUUUUUGCGGGUCUUCAACUUGAUUUUGUCGACUAUGUGGAUGUGACUUACAUGGGAAGUGAUAAAGACGUGAACAACGGCAGCAGUAGUCAUGGCGGGAACAUCAGCGAAAGUUUGGCAUUCAAUGUGACCACCACUACGACAUCCAUCAGCUUGAAUUUGAGUCGGAGUCAAAUCUCGUUGAAAGACCACGAGAUUUUCGUAGCGCGUGAGGGACAGCUAUUUAAAGAGAAAAUCAACAGUAUUCAGGGUGUAGAGAGAUGUUACCAAGACAAAGAAAAUGGAGCUGUGGUUAUCGCUCUUCCCGCAGAACCUUCUGGGACUACAUUUGAAUUGCACGGAAUAAUCAAGGUUUUCGGUGAGGAAUUCAUUAUUAUGCCAAUAAUUGAAUCAGCCGACACUCCAACUGGAGGACUUCAGAACUCUGUUAAACAUGGAAUUGGUAAACUGAGAGGCAACAAGGCCUUUGAUUUUGGCCGUGAUUAUAUUCCCAUACCAGCUGACAACUCAACGAAGAACGCCAGUGCUGUAGUGGAACAGAAUGGAAACAAAGGCACCGACUAUGUUGUGGAAAUGUUGAUGGUAGCUGAUUCUUCUAUGUUUGAUUAUUGGGUCAAUCAAAGUGAAUCGUUGGACAGCAAAGGGAAAAUUGUAGAAGCCAGACGAUCGCUUGUCGAAUAUUUCAUCUUCUUAUUGAACGGAGUGGACAUUAAAUAUAACCAACUGUCAACGUUGGCCGACUACAACAUUCGUCUGACUUUGGCUGGAAUUGUGAUUGCGGAGGACAGAAACGCCAGUUCUUGGACAUUCGCAGAAACAGGUUUCCCUGCCAAAACACUUGAUGCCAAAAUGACGCUGGAACUGUUCUCAGAAUGGCAGGUGACUCAGGACCUAUUACCAGCCAAAGACCAUUCUGUACUCUUCACCAGGAAGCGGAUCGAAUUGGAAGGCAACCCAGACACUAGAGGUAUAACGUACAUGAGUGGUGUAUGCAGUGGUAAAUAUUCAGCAUCUGUUGUGAACAGUGGAUCUGAAAACCUUGGUAUUAUCACCUCAACUCGCCUCCUGGGGCACAGCUUAAGUGCAGGUUACGUGGAUAUACCCGGUUGUACAACGAAGGAUGAUGGAUUUACAGGAGAAACAUUUGGUCUGUGUUCUAUAAACUCCAUAAAAAACAAAAUCGAGAAACUAUCGAGUUCCAACAACAACUGCCUUGGCGGAGGUUCGCAGUCGUCAAAAGGAACGGGUAAAGCGGUUGGAGGUAGUGAAGCGGACCUGCAGUGUCAAGCAGCGUACGGACCCACAUCAGUUGUCCUCAGGCAAGAGUACAAAGAUGACUACACCGUAAUAUGUUCUGGAAUGAAAUGUACAGAGUCUGAUACACCCAUAAUUCCAAACGAUGGUAUGUCAUGUGGCAGAAAAAGGUGGUGUGAAGCUGGUCAGUGUGUACGAUCGGACAGUGCUCCAAAUGUAAUGGGUCAUUGUCCAUUUGGAGACCAGCCUGGAAUUGUUGACCAAGAUCUUCCUUGUGCUGAACUCAUUGCUGUCUCGCCAGGUGAAUGCUACACGGGUCGCUGCUGUGAAUCUUGUGCAUCCAAGUAUGUCGGACUUGAAAAUUGUGAAUAUGGCGAUCGUGUUACCGGUUGCCGGAAGUUUCUUUGCGCUUUCUACAACGCUAAUGCAAGAAAUAAACUCUGCUGUCACACUUGUUCCAAUGGAAAACUUCGAAAGAUUACUUCCACCCCAGAACCUACAACUACUACCACAAUGGAACCAACCACAGAGUUGCUGACCACUGAACAACUGACCGAAUUAGUAACCUCUGACCUCGACUGGAUGUCAACUUUCAUGACCUUACCACCGCUCAACCUCACUAAAUUACUAUCCACCUUGAAAUCAACAAAAGCACCAACAGCAAUGCCUACAACCAAAGUGUUGAUUCCAACAUUCAGAAGAAGCGACCUUAUUCCGUGCUGGAACCCACAUUUGAGGGGUUGGGUUUAUCGCAAGAAAUGUAACAUGUUUGGUAAACGAAGGAAAUACAGAAAGUCACCCCUGAGCCCAGUGUCCCGGAAGUACAGAGUACCAAAACAUUUUGGAUUCGGUCCCAACCUCAUACAGAGCCGCCUGCAUUACCCAAUGCAUUCAAUGAAAGCUGCAGUCGAAGUGGAACAGAGGCGAAUUCCAGUGGCCAAGAAUAGGUUCGUCCAAAAGACAAGAAUGGCUCUGAGAAGGCCAAUGGCUCGAUUAAAUGUGAUGCGGAGUCCCAGGAGAAGAAUGUUCGCACCUGUCAUGAAUCACCAAAGAAUAAGAAACAAAACAGUGCCACGGUUUCAAGUCAACCAAAAUUCACCUCUUGCCCAGGCCCGUAGACUGGGUAGGUUUGGUUUCUUCCCGAGACCAAUGUAUCCGUUACAUGGGAAUUCAAACCAAGGAAGGAUGCGACAGAUGGAUUCAGGUCGGCGUUUCAUGGGUGGAAGAUGGAGAAGAAGAGAAUCAAGAUCAGCAAAGAAGCUUUGGGAUUCCAAAAAGCAUUAAUUUUUUUUAUAUAAACUAAACUUUGUUUUUAAUUACAUUUAAUCUGUUGGUUUGUUCUAUUUAAAGAAGUAAGUAACACAAAUAUUGUAUUUCCUAGUAAACCUGUUUUUCUUUUGUAUUACAAAUACCAGUACAAAAAUAUAAAUCUAGGAUGAUAGACACGAUGUAAUAAGAGAUGAGUUUAGAAGCUUGAAUUAUCAAUGCUAUAAUAAAGAAAGAUGCUUUGUAAUUAGUUAUGAGUAUGUAACUUUUACUAAAAGAAAGCAAUUAUUAAAGUCUUAA